UUUAGAAAAUGCGGGAGUUAAAUGUUGGAUCUUUACCGAGAAGAAAUAUAACAUUUAUAGCAAGGGGUUGGGGGGGGGGGUGAGAGAGAGAGAGAUUUACUAGACCAGUGACAAAAAUACGGCAUAAAUGCGUAACCCUGGCAGGACGAGUUUCCAAAUUUAGUAACCCAUGACCAAACACACAGGACAGUUCAGGGUUAACCUUCCAAUGGGAUUCCCAGCCUUUGGUUUAUAAAUUUGAUGCUCUUUCUUUCCAAAACUCUACUUUCCAGUUACUAUUACCCUCAGGCUGUUCAUUCAUCCACCACCAGGUGAUCUGACUGAGGAACGAAAAGGAGAUAGAAGAUGGAGAGGAACAGGUUGAACAGCAGCCUUAAAGAUGGCACUUUCACCACCAACAGCAACAAGAACCAAAUAAUGAAAGGAUAUUGGGACUGCAAAUCUCAGAUCAGUUGUGGAGGAGAUGAUUAUAUAAAUGGAUUCUCUUGGCCUCCAAGAUCAUACACUUGUAGCUUCUGCAACAGGGAAUUCAGAUCUGCUCAAGCACUUGGCGGCCAUAUGAAUGUGCAUAGGAGGGACAGAGCCAGGCUCAGGCAGUCCCCUCCCACUACAACUGAUGGUCAUUCCCCCAUGCUCAACCUAAAUCGUAACCCUACCUCUUGUCCUGGCUUUUCAAGCUCAGCAAUGUCCUUGUUACCAUGUUCAUCUUCUUCUACAAUGCUCACAAAACCAUUCUCUGCCAGCACUUUACCCUCAUUGGUUUCUCCUAGACUUUCUUCUUCAUCUUCUCCUCCCCCCGCAUCUCCUUCUCCUGAUCUGAAAAAAUGGGUUGUGGACGGUAUCUUGUUGAACCCUUCAAGCACCAAGGCCUCAGGAUCUACAAAGUUAAAGAAUGCAGAUUCUUUGUCGGGGUUUGGUGAUUAUAAUGACUCUUUUGCGCAAGAUGGUUGCAAAGUGGUAAAGAAGGCUGAGAUCAUUAGGUUGGACUUGGCCAAGGAUGAUUUAGAUCUGGAGCUUCGAUUGGGUACUUACUCUUAG